CGUAUUCAGUCGAACGAGAGAUCAGCGUGGGGCAACCGAUGGGUACCCACAUGUUUCUUCCCACAUUCGACUCCUCCGCGGAGCUUCCUUUGUCCGCGGCUCGAAUAUUACGCGCGUUCGGUCAUUGCCUCCGUCUCUUAAGCCUUUCACCAGCGUCUCUCCACGGCGAAUUGAACCCGAUUUCGGCAAGAAGCAAACUUGUCCGUCAAUACCUAUGGCAGGCCAAGGAACCAAGAAAAUAACUCGGAGUCGUGGGGCCUGCUUGGCCUGCAGGGCGCGAAAACACAAGUGUAGCGGGGAGAGGCCAAAGUGUGCACAAUGCGGUAUCAACAAUGUAUCAUGUCAAUGGCCUGAACAGAGAAAACGUGGCCCCCCGAAGCACUACAUCGUGACCAUGGAAAAGCGUUUGAUGGAAACCGAACAAGUUCUCUGCGCACUGUUGGCCCAAGUGUCAGGGAAUCAACUAGAAAGGGCAUUUCGUGAUAUCCCAAAAGCCGGCCUUCCAUCGACUGGCAAUGGCUCGUCGGCCACUAGCGGGACAUCAAUCGAGGUGGUCAAAGGGGAUAAGUUUGGUCCUGUGUACUGGGGCAACCACCCGAUCGACUCGGCAGAAGCUGUUCAGCGUUGGCGGGCAGACCGAACCUCGAUAGAACCAAGCGAGACGCCCAAACGAGGUUCUCACGCGGCCGAGGUUGCUGCUACAAACGACGAGCCAACCGAUAAUACACCAGGUGGCGAUGACAGUUACGGGGAUGAUGAUAUUGAGGAGUCUGAGGGCAUGACCCGCGCAGAAAGCAUGGAAGAAGACGAAGAAACUCUGAUGAUAGACCCGGAUAUAUCAAGAGCCUCGGAACUGGGCGCUACCAGGAUACGGGACACCGGCGGAGGAGCUGCUGGGUUACUUGUAGAAGGGUUGACAGGGUCUAGAGCCAGCCUCGACACGAGAACGAGUGGAAAGAGGCGGGAAAUGCGCCCACCAACUUCAGAAAGUUAUGAAAGCGCAUUCCUUUGGUAGUCGUAGUUCCCUGGGUAGGUCAUAUUCAAGACUAGUUCAUGUAUGGCCGCGGGUGAAGCACACGUCGAUGAGAAUAGUUGCGUGAUAAUACGAGGUACGCUGGUUUAGCUAGCAAUGACCUCUUCCUCUGGGUACCUCAUGUAGAUCAUUACAGUAAUUCAGUUCACGUCUUGAAUCAUUCACGAAAUUUUUAUUUCUUG